AUGGCCGGUUUGCAGAAUUCAAAUAAUAAAAAUAAGCAUUUCACCGAUUCAUCUAAUACCAAUCCUGCAUUAACAACUGCCAGUACAACUCACUACUCAAAACCUCCAACUACGCCGACUUCUCCGGCACUAUCUACCUCUAACACCACGACGAAGUCUCCAGAUAAUAUUUCUUCUUCCGAAUCUCCUCGAAAUAAUAAUAAAAGUUCUACGGUAUCCAACACCACUACCACAACGACGACGAAUACUUCUAACUCGAAUAAUAAUAACUCCUCUUCAUCCAGCAAUUCAAACUCACCUGCUGGUCCACGUUCAUUGGUUCCUACUACAACUCAUUCAGCUUUCUCACCUUACAGUCAACAUCCUACUUCAGUUCCACAACAUCCAACUCCUGUUACUACUCCAACCAAUACCACAAUAACAACGAAGAACUCACAACCCAACUCCUCGUCUUCUUCACCAUCAUUAUCCAAUACAACAAUGAUGUCUGCUUCACAUUUAGACAAUAGUGGUAGUACUUUGAUUUAUCCCCAACAUGCUCACUUUACUAAUCCCACUACUCACUCAUUUUGGCCAUGGGGCUUUAGUGGAGGUAAUCCUGCAGGAACAGCAGCAAAUGGUACCACCCUUUUACCAACCACAGGUGGUAGUGCUUUUGUUCCAGCAGUAGGUUACGGAGCGGGAUCUAAUAUGGCACCAACUCAUAACCCUCGACCUAAACUUACUACUACUAUAUGGGAAGAUGAAGGAACGUUAUGUUAUCAAGUUGAUGCUAGAGGUAUUUGUGUAGCUCGAAGACAAGGUAAUUAA